AAGUCCCUUUGACAUAUUUAUAUAUUUAUUAACAUAAAAAUUCAUAAACACUCUCAGCUCAUUAGUUUUUGAUUUUUGUAAAUUAAAGAACAUAACUUCCACUGAGGAAAUCUUUAAAAAUAAAAGCCUCUGUGCUGCAGUGUCUGAGGUCACAGGUGUUAUUACCUUAAAAAUGACAUCAUACAGGUCGGACAGGUUCAUCAGGAACCUCCGUCCCUAUGAGAGAGUUUUUCGUCCAAUCAGUCAUCAGUCUCAGUGUCAGACACACACAGUCCUGACGUUCCCCUCCACAGCGCCGUCCUGUUUGUCGUUUCGUGUUGUAGGAUGAGCUGGCCCGUGGCCUCACAGCCUCAGUCUCUUGUUUUGUCUGAUGGUGCCGAGUGGAGCUCUGGGAUCUGUGACUGCUGUGACGACCCCAAAGAAUGCUGCUUCGCAUGCUGGUGCUGUCCCUGCUUCGCCUGUGCCACCACUAAGGCGUUCGGUCAGUGUCUCUGUCUGCCACUGCUCGACAUCUUCGGCUGCAUCCCUCCCAUCACCCUGUCCAUGAGGGCCUCAGUGCGACACCGCUACGGCAUCACAGGCAGCCUCUGCACAGACUGUGUGUAUUCUUUCUUCUGUAUGUCGUGUGUCUGGUGUCAGAUCUCCAGAGAGAUGAAAAGCAGGGAGCUCCCGCCGGGCUGGGUGACAUCAUCAACCACCGAUGACAUCAUCGCUAUGACAUCAUCACUAUGACAUCAUCACUAUGACAUCAUCACUAUGACAUCAUCGCCUCGCGUCAGUCUGUUUACAGUUUGAGUUUAAAGUUGACAUGUUUUACGAAGUCUGCUGUUUCACUGUUUUAUGUAA